GUGGCACUAAAGUAUCAUCCACAAUUUUAGUUUAUCUAGUACCCCUCCAAAAAAUAAGGUCCAAAAAUAUUAUAGAAAACACCAACGCUGCUCUCUCCUAUUACUUGGUUUCUCUUCCAUUUGAGAAUCCUCCUUGUCUGCCACACCCAUUCCAUUCGCGUAUAACUUAGAGUUAUAGACGGGCUUUAUCCUGUAACAUUCAUUGACUUGGAUAGUCUCUCAUCCGUUCUUUUCGCCUUGUAAAGACCCUUCUGCCUUCCCACGUCUCUUGAACCUGAUCGUCUUUCCCCGCCUUGGCCUGGAAACCAUAUCUAUCCAAAUAAACCAAGGACAAGAUGUGUGCAGACAUUAACGUCGACGUUCUCGUUAUCGGUGCUGGCCCUACGGGUUUGGGUGCUGCGAAGCGCCUCCACCAGCUAAACGGUCCUUCAUGGCUCAUCAUUGACUCCAACGAGAAGGCUGGUGGUCUUGCCUCUACAGAUGUCACUCCUGAGGGCUUCCUCUACGAUGUCGGUGGCCACGUCAUUUUCUCUCACUACAAGUACUUCGACGACUGCAUCGACGAGGCCCUCCCCAAGGAAGAUGACUGGUACACUCACCAGCGUAUCUCCUACGUCCGCUACAAGGGCCUCUGGGUUCCUUAUCCCUUCCAGAACAACAUCUCCAUGCUGCCUAAGGAGGACCAGGUCGAAGCUCUCGAUGGCUUGAUCGAUGCUUCCCUCGAAGUUCGCGUCGCAAACACCAAGCCUAAGGACUUUGACGAGUGGAUCAUGCGCAUGACCGGUGCUGGCAUUGCCAACAUGUUCAUGAGGCCCUACAACUACAAGGUUUGGGCUGUUCCCACUACUAAGAUGCAAUGCCAAUGGCUGGGCGAGCGUGUCGCUGCCCCUGACGUCAAGAACGUGGUGAAGAACGUUGUUCUCAACAAGGUUGCCGGUAACUGGGGCCCCAACGCCACUUUCCGCUUCCCCGCCCGUGACGGUACUGGUGGUAUCUGGAUUGCUGUUGCAAACACCCUCCCCGAUGAGAAGAAGCGCUUCGGUAAGAAGGGCGAGGUCACCAAAGUUGACGCUACCAAGAAGGUCGUCACCCUCAAGGAUGGCACCACCAUUGGCUACGACAAGCUUAUCUCCACCAUGAACGUCGACCAACUGGUUGAGUCCAUGGGCAACCAGGAGCUGGUUACCCUGAGCAAGGGUCUGUUCUACUCUUCCACCCACGUUAUUGGUGUUGGUCUCCGAGGUGCCCGACCCGAGCGUAUUGGUGACAAGUGCUGGCUAUACUUCCCCGAGGACAACUGCCCCUUCUACCGCGCCACUAUCUUCUCCAACUACUCCCCCUACAACCAGCCCCAGGCUGAUGUCAAGCUUCCCACUAUCCAAAUUGCCGACGGCAGCAAGCCCGUGAGCACUGACCCCAAGGAGGGACCCUACUGGUCUAUCAUGCUUGAGGUUUCGCAAUCAUCGAUGAAGCCGGUCGACGAGGCCAACCUGCUCAAGGACUGCAUCCAGGGACUGAUCAACACUGAGAUGAUCAAGCCCGACGAUGAGAUUGUCUCCACCUACCACCGCAAGUUCGACCACGGUUACCCCACACCUACUCUUGAGCGUGAGGGUGUUCUGAAGCAACUCCUCCCUAAGCUUCAAGACCUCGACAUCUACUCGCGUGGCCGCUUCGGCAGCUGGCGAUACGAGGUUGGCAACCAGGACCACUCAUUUAUGUUGGGUGUUGAGGCUGCCGACCACAUUGUCAACGGUGCGGUUGAGCUUACUCUCAAUUACCCUGACUUCGUCAACAGCCGCCAAAACACCGAGCGCCGCCUUGACCAAGGCCCUCUUUCUACUAAGAAGAACGGUACCUCUCUACCUUCUCACUCGAAGUAAGAAGUUAUCUACAUGGGUAGUUAGGAUGGCCCGGAGACGCGUACUCUCUUGACUUCUAUAGUUAUAGAUAUUAGAAGAACUAAAAAGGAGUUUUUCGUUGAGAACUACAUAGGGCAUGUAGUUGUUUCAUGUUUUGAUGAGGACGAUGGGUGGCGGGAUGCUGUAACGAUUCUGACUUGAUCUUGCAGUAACGAAACGGCAUGAAAAGCCGAUAUUGCUAGGUUGUUCAUCCAAAAGGACUUAUUAAUGAAUAAAAAUAAAUUUAUGAGCUUACCACU